AUUACUAAAACGACUCAUCGUAUUCUCUUCCAAAUAUAUACUUAAAUCUUUUUCUUUUCUUCUAAUAAAUUUUAUUAUUAGUCCUUAUUUUACAAAACAAGUAGUAAGAUUUUAUAUAUCUCCACUAAAUUAUAAGUAGAUAAUUUAAGGUCCAAAAAUUAGCCAUUACUUAAUUGACAAAUACAAAAUCUACCCCAUUUUGCAGAGUUAAAUAAACAUUAUUUGGCGCACCAUCUCAUCAGUUGCAUUGACAAGCCUUCCAAUUUUGUGCACAUUUUGGUACUAUCAAUUUUUGUUCUUCAAUUUUCCAACCCUCCUCUAUCCCUUUCUUUUCCUGUAUAUAUUAUAGGUGUAUGUAUAGGUUUCUCGGAGGAAGAGAGGGUUAACAAUUUCAAGAUCGCAGAGAAAAUGGCAGCAACAAUCGUGGGUUCGAAGCAAGCGGAACAGCUAAAGCAAGAUGGGAAUAAUUACUUUCAGAAAAAUCGAUUUGGGGCUGCCAUUGAUGCUUAUACUGAGGCAAUUACUUUGAGCCCCAAUGUUCCAAUAUAUUGGACGAAUCGUGCUUUGUGUCAUCGGAGGCGGAAUGACUGGAGAAGAGUGGAGGAAGAUUGUAGGAAGGCUAUUCAGCUCGAUCAUAAUUCUGUAAAGGGCCACUAUUAUCUUGGUCUUGCAUUGCUACAAAAGCAACAGUAUGCUGAAGGUGUGAGAGAAUUGGAAAAGGCAUUAGACCUUGGAAGAGGUGCAAAUCCAGGAAGAUACAUUGUUGAAGAGAUCUGGGAAGAGCUUGCGAAAGCAAAAUACAAGGAGUGGGAGCAUGAAUCUACAAGUCGCUCCUGGGAGCUUCAGAACUUGAAAGAAUCCUGUGAGUUAGCUCUCAAGAGGAAACAGGUGCUUGAUAGUUCUCAGAUAGAAGGGCUCAAAGAUGAAAACUCAACAUUUCUUGCGAAGCAACUGGAAGGUGUAGGCAAGGUUUUCAUGAAAGCUGCCGAAGAUGAUACUCCAACAGAGGUUCCUGAUUACUUGUGUUGUAAAAUCACUCUUGAUAUUUUUCGUGACCCUGUUAUUACACCGAGUGGGUUUACAUAUGAGCGGGCUGUGAUCCUUGACCACUUGCAAAAGGUGGGCCAAUUUGAUCCAAUCACACGAGCACCACUUUUUCCGCUCCAGUUGGUGCCAAAUCUGGCCAUAAAAGAAGCUGUCCGGGCAUUUUUGGAUAAGCAUGGCUGGGCAUACAGGAUAGAGUAAAAUGUCCAAUGCAUGUCUGUUGUGGUGCUAAUGAAACCAAGAACAGAGCCAGAGAGGGUGUAAUUCAUGUUAGUCAUAGACUCAUAGUUGUACAGUAUAGUGCUUUUAGUAAUUGGCUUGUUGGUCUUUCAUUAAACUGUACAGCAAAUAAUCACCAGCUUUUUGUGAGAUGUUACUGUUGAUCAAAUGAAACUAUAGUUAUUUAUACAAUGUCUGCUUUUGUCUGAA